UGUAAUGCUCUAUUAUUACAGCUUCUGCAAACAAGAUAAAUUGCCCAUUACAUUCCAGUCCUGUGUGAUGACGAAGGAGUGCGAGGUGUCAGAGUGGUCAGAAUGGACCCCCUGCUCCAAAACCUGCUUUGACAUGACAACCCCUAAAGGGAAUCGUACAAGAUCACGGACCAUUAAACAGCUCCCUAUCGGCAGCGAAAGUGAAUGUCCACAGUUAGAAGAAACAGAGCAGUGCGUUUCUCAGGGAGACGGUGUGGCACCAUGCAUUACGUAUGGUUGGCGGACCACAGAGUGGACAGAAUGCCGUGUCGAUCCCCUCCUUAGCCAACAGGACAAGAGGCGAGGAAAUCAGACGGCGCUGUGCGGAGGUGGCAUUCAAACCCGGGAAAUGUACUGCGUGCAAGCUAAUGAAAAUCUCCUCUCCUAUUUAAAUACCCUCAAGGAAAAAGAAGAAAGUCAGUCACAGAGCAAGUCGAAGGCUAGUGCUGCACCUCUGCUAUCGAUCACUUUUGAAAUAACAGCCUCGAGGCCGGUGGACCAUAAGCUAUGUACAGGACCUCUUCCCAGCACCUCCCAGCUGUGCCAUAUCCCCUGUCCUACAGAGUGUGAGACCUCAGCAUGGUCAGCCUGGGGACCAUGCACCUAUGAAAGCUGUGACGACCCUCAGGCCAAGAAGGGCUUUAAACUAAGGAAAAGGCGCAUCACUAAUGAGCCUACAGGAGGAACAGGAAACUGCCCUCACCUGCUGGAAGCCAUCCCAUGUGAAGAGCCCUCCUGCUAUGACUGGAGAAUCAUGGGGCUGGAGGAGUGCAUUCCCGACAAUGAGAAACCGUGUGGCCCUGGUACGCAGGUUCCUGUUGUUGUCUGCAUCAACAGUGAUGGAGAAGAGGUUGACAGACAGCUGUGUAGAGAUGCUAUCUACCCAAUCCCGGUUGUCUGCGAAGCUCCAUGCCCAAAGGACUGUGUGCUCAGCAUGUGGUCUGCGUGGUCCUCCUGCUCACACACCUGCUCCGGCAAAACCACAGAAGGGAAGCAGAUGCGUGCCCGCUCCAUUCUGGCGUAUGCAGGUGAAGGAGGAAUACAGUGCCCAAAUAGUAGUGCACUACAGGAAACACGCAGCUGUAACGAACACUCUUGCACUGUGUAUCAUUGGCAGACUGGCCCAUGGGGACAGUGCAUAGAGGAUACGUCUGUCUCUGCUUUCAACUCCUCUGCCAGCUGGAAUGGGGAGGCCACCUGUUCUGUGGGGAUGCAGACAAGAAAGGUCAUCUGUGUGAGAGUCAACGUGGGACAAGUGGGUCCAAAAAAAUGCCCUGAGAGCCUCCGACCAGAAACUGUAAGGCCUUGUCUGCUUCCCUGUAGGAAGGACUGUAUUGUGACUCCAUUCAGUGACUGGACAUUGUGUCCUUCUUCAUGUCAGGAAGGGGGUGUCACAGUAAAGAAGCAGUCCCGUCACCGAGUCAUCAUCCAGCUCCCGGCCAACGGUGGUCGAGAGUGCCCAGACUCUUUGUUUGAGGAAAAGGAAUGUGAGGCUUCUCCUGUCUGCUAUAGCUACAGGUGGAAGACCCACAAGUGGCGCAGAUGCCAGCUAGUACCAUGGUACGUGCGCCAAGACAGUCCAGGAGCACAGGAAACUUGUGGACCAGGGCUACAAGCAAGAGCAAUUACUUGUCGCAGACAAGACGGAGGACAGGCUGACAUCAGUGAGUGCCUUAAGUACGCUGGCCCAUUACCAUCCUUAACACAGAUGUGCCAGAUUCCCUGCCAAGAUGACUGUCAGUUUACAAACUGGUCGAAGUUUUCUUCCUGUAAUGGAGAUUGUGGAGGAGUCAGGACAAGAAAACGCACUCUUGUCGGAAAAAGUAAGAAAAGGGAUAAAUGCAAAAAUUCUCAGUUGUAUCCUCUGAUUGAGAACCAGUUUUGCCCAUGUGACAAGUACAGUGCUCAACCUGUGGGAAACUGGUCAGACUGUAUCUUACCAGAGGGUAAGAUGGAAGUAUUGCUGGGAAUGAAGGUACAAGGAGACGUUAAGGAAUGUGGACAAGGCUAUCGUUACCAGGCCAUGGCAUGCUAUGAUCAAAACAGUCGACUUGUGGAAACAUCACGAUGCAACAGUCACG